AUGAUAACACAAAGCAUUUGUGAAAUUAUUACCAGUAACUUGUUGCCUUUUUCUUUUGUUGAGAAUAAUGAAUUUAAAAAUCUCAUGAAUUUAAUUGAGCCGAAUUAUCAAAUACCAUGUCGAAAAACAAUAAGUACUCGCAUAGAACAAUUGUACGAAAAUAAAGUAAAUGAUACAAAAAACGAGCUAGAAAGUAUUAAUGGUAUCGCUCUAACUACCGAUGGAUGGAGUUCACUAGCUAUAGAUUCUUAUAUUACAUAUACUGGUCACUAUUUUGAUAAAAAUUGGACAUUGUGCAAUGUAACAUUAUCCAUUGAAGAAAUGACAGAAUCCCACACAGCUGACCACCUAAAAGAUGAAAUUAUAGACAUUUUAGAAAAAUGGAUCUUAACUAACAAAGUGACUGGUAUAACCCAUGACAACGCAUCAAACAGUACAAACGCAGUCAAAAAUUUAGAAGAUCAAUUCAAUUUGUAUUCGAGUAGAUGCGAUACACAUACAAUUCAGUUAGCUAUCAAGAAAGGUCUCGAUGAAAACGUUUGUAGUCGUUUGUUAAAAACAUCUUCAUUAAUUGUAGCUUCUUUUAGACAAUCAACAAAGCGAUCCAAAGCACUACAAUUGUAUCUACAACAAACAGGUAAACAACAGUUAACUCUAUUGCAAAGUUGUCCCACUAGAUGGAAUUCAUCCCUAGCAAUGUUAGACCGUUUGCUUAUACUGCGUACAGCUGUUGUAGCAGUUAUAUCAGAUAGAGCAGUGGUUCCCAACCUUUUUUAUUCUAUGCCCCCCUUAAAUUAG